AACCAUGUAAUGAUCCCUUGUGAGUUUUCUCUCCUACCAAACUUUCCCUAUCACAUUCGUAUGGCUGCAUACAUACCAUUCUCCCUCUAUCUUUCUAUCUCUAUCUGUCUCUCUAUAUAUGUGUGUCUUAGGAGCUCAACAAAGUACCAACACCAGUCUUCAUAUUUUCUUCUCUCAAAGACCUUUCUUCUUCAAAAUUUCAUUUUGUUUCUUUCUUUCUCUACUGCCGAAAGUCAUGGGGAUCCGGUUUCUUGGAACUCUUCAGGCUAAGGCCCUUCUUUGGCGAUCUAUUUUUCCUGCAAGGCAAACAGCCCCAGGUGUUGAACAUAUCCCUAAAGGCUAUUUAGCUGUUUAUGUUGGAGAGAUUCAGAAGAAAAGAUUUUUGGUUCCAAUAUCAUACUUGAACCAACCUUUAUUUCAGGAGUUGCUACAUAAAGCUGAAGAAGAAUUUGGGUUCAGUCAUCCUAUGGGUGGUCUAACCAUUCCUUGCAGAGAAGAUACCUUCCUCAAUCUUACUUCUGUUUUGAAUGGCGUCUGAGAGUGGAAGGAUGAACAAAACUAUGGCAAUUGAAAUUUCAUUACUCACUUUUGUAGAUUAGGAACAUCCAGUUUCAUGUACAUAAUGUAUAGCUUUUUCCUGUAUGAGGAUUUUGUCAACAAGAGACAUUUAUUUAUAUGAGAAAUUAGAAAUAAAUUUGGUUUU